CUGGAAGAAAAAUGCAUGGUGUCAGAGGCCCUGGUCGAUUCGGCACGUAACAGCGGACGUGGACUGUAACGAGAAGUAACUUGCUGUCACUGUGAUGGAUCAUUCAUGGUGACAUGUCAUACAUUUAUACAGAAACAACAGAAUACAUCGCCAACCAGUGACAACACCAUAGUGCUCCCGCUCAAGCCGAUUUGUACUUUUCUGGUGAAGAAAAUCGGUAACUUUCAUCAUCAUUUCUUUCCUUGCGUCGUAUUAUUAGAACUUCUAUGCAAAUGCUUUAGGAAGAGGAACACAUCUAAUAAACGGGUCGUCGUUUUUUCUUAUUCGCUGGCUGUGCUCGCUCGUCCGCUGUCGCGAUGGCUCCGAUGGGUAUUCGGCUGUCGCCGAUCGGUAUCGCCGUGUUCUGUUUACUGGCGGCCGGUGUGAUCUAUCACCUCUAUGCCGGGGUCUUGUCCAGCAGAUUUGCAUCGUUCAGACAGAAGAGUACCGUGGAUCUGAGGGAUCUGCUAGCUCUGUCCAUAGAGGCUGCGGAGCUGGGAGGACUGGAGGUGAAGAGGAUCAGGGAGGACGACACUUUGGAGGAGAAGACAAAGGGGAAAACCAAAGAAGGAGCCAGCGAACUGCUCACAAAGGGUGAUCUGAACUCUCAUCGAAAGAUGUUCUACCUUAUCAAGAACACCUACCCCCAUAUACAGGUGAACUCCGAAGAACACGAUAAUGCUGAGGGGGAGGCCACCAUAUGGACACGCAACAUCCCUAAAGAAAUUUUGGAGAAGGUCUCCGAGGGAAAGAAGGUGUCUGCCGAGAGGAUUACUGUGUGGAUUGAUCCACUGGAUGCCACCCAGGAAUACACAGAGAAUCUCCGUAAGUACGUCACCACCAUGGUGUGUGUGGCUGUGGAUGGGGAUCCUGUUAUAGGUGUGAUCCAUAAACCCUUCACUGGGUACACAGCUUGGGGGUUUGUUGGUAAGGGAGCCAGUGUGGCACCACGUGCUUCCUAUAACACAAACUCUCCUAAGGUGAUCGUGUCACGCUCACACUCUGGAACUGUGAAGAAGUUUGCUCAAACAGCAUUUGGCAACAAUACUGAAAUUAUACCAGCAGGGGGCGCAGGAUAUAAAGUACUGGCUCUUCUAGACCCUAACGAUGAGGAACACGAGAAGGCUGAUAUUUAUAUACAUGUGACAUUCAUCAAAAAGUGGGAUAUCUGUGCUGGUGAUGCCAUCUUGAAGUCUGUGGGUGGUCAAAUGACAACUUUAAAAGGAGAGCAGAUCGAUUACACCGGAUCAGAGGGAAACACGGGUGGCCUACUGGCUAGCAUCAAAAAUGACCACAAAGAUUUGGUGAAGAGACUUCCAAACUUAGAAGAAAAUUAACAAUAUAUCAACCACAGAUAACACUCAUAUCUUCUUCAGAACCACACUUUCGUGUGAAGAUCUAAGGAACCGAGAUAAACCCUGACAGGCGAUGGCUAAACUAGCAUCAGUAACUCAGUUUUAUGUGUGACAUUACCCAAACAUGUUUGGAAAGAGAUACAAGAUUAAAGCCCGAAGCAAGUGUCCCAUUGCUUUGUGUGGAUCAUCGGCCAAGUUUCGUGCUAUAUAUUUAAAGAAUGUUGAAGUGUUAAAUGAAGUUUAGGUGUGGGGUUAUAUCAUGAGGUCAGAUUAGUUUAAUGAUUGGAUCAGCAGCAUUAUAUUUUUCAGAUUGAUUUUUGAUGUUGGAUGUUACUGUAUUUCGGACACUUCAUAUUGGGAGGUAAAGCCAGGUGUAAAUGGUAGUGAUUUUGGAUAAGGACUGUGAAUCCAGAGAUAACUUGAAUAUUAUGUAAUUGUACAUAGCAUUUUCACCUUCAAUGGAAUGUUUUCGGUUGUUUGUCAUAUAUCUAGUCAACGGGUUAAUACACUGAUAGCUGAUAACAGAGGUUUAAACUCAGUAUGUAAAUAUAUACACAUGAAUUUUACGAUAAAAACAUUUUAUUAUUUAGUUUGUUGUAGAUUUGGGAGAGACUUUAACAAAAAGCUAAGUUGAAUAGAUACUCUGCAGACUUGGUGAUUUAUUCUGUUGAUAUAUCUGUUUUAGAGCUCCUUCACUGUGAUAAACUCAUUGUAAAACUCCAGUUUUCAAAAGAGAAAGUAUUUUUGUAUGAAUAUCGAUACCCUUCCCAUGUUUGUGUGUUUCUCUCAAGACAGAACUCGUGUGCAUGACAACAAGAGAAUUUUUGCAUGUGCCCUUUUACAGAUCUUUUCUGAGAAUUGAGGCAUGUUAUUUGGAAUCGCAGUGAGUGAUGUCUUCAUUUUGCCUUUAAUAAAUAAAAAACUUGCGUUUUA